GUCGAAAAUUCGGACAAAUCUAGAUUCUAUUCUAGAAAAGUCGCUGAGUUUGUGAAUGUGAAAUUGUGGACAUAUUGCGGAUUGUUAUAUCUUAAUUUUCUAAAAUACUAUUCCUGAUAUAUAUUGAAUCUAUCCAAAUUUCAAAGCUACAACAAAAAUGAGCGCCUCUGGGGAUCCUCCGGCGUCACAGCCAGUGAAUCCUAAAAUCAAACAUGACUGGUACCAAACAGAUGCCCUGGUGGUUGUGACAAUCCUGCUCAAGAAUGCCCCUAGUGAUAAAGUUAAAGUCCAAUAUGGGGAACGAAGUCUCUCUGUCUCAAGUGGAAUACCAAACUCAGAUGCAGAAUAUAGUCUUGAAUUAGAACUGGCACAUGAAAUCAUCCCAUCAAUGUGUACGCAUGUUGUCAGCCCGUCCAAAAUAGAAGUCAAGCUACGGAAGAAGGAGGGACUGAGAUGGACUGUGUUAGAGGGAGAGGGUAGAGAAGAGAAAGUGAAGGCUAUACCACAGGCUGUCAUAGAUGCAUCUGGGCCGCAACAACCUCCAAAAUUAUUCAAAAAAGACUGGGACAAGAUAGAAAAAGACAUCAAGAAAAUGGAAGAGGAAGAGAAACCUGAAGGAAAUGCAGCACUGAACGCCCUCUUCCAAAAGAUCUACGGCGAAGGCUCUGAUGAAGUUCGACGCGCUAUGAAUAAAAGCUUUCUCGAGUCCGGAGGUACAGUUCUGAGCACAAACUGGGACCAGGUAGCCAAAGACACGGUCGAAGUGAAACCUCCAGAUGGACUUGAAUUUAAGAAGUGGGAUAGCUAAACCGACACUCUGUUACUAUGAAUUAAUUGUUUAAAGCACAGAAUUCAAAACAGGUACAGAACUGAUAUAAUGCGUAAA